CUUUUUGGUAAGAAAAGGUCUUGAGGAAAGAAACCGAGUACAUUACAUUUAUAUAUAUCUAGAAAUAAUAUAAAAGUCUUGGUCUCUCCUCGUUUACUUUAAAACCUUUCUCUCCCAUCACAAACCAAACCAUUAGAAACAAAAAAAACAAAACAAUGGCGGUGAAGAAGAAAAUAUCUUGGUUAUCACAAAUGGUUGCGUGUUUCCUGGAUCAAGACAACCUAUAUUCAUCAAAAAAGGCAAAGAAAGAUGAUGGUGAUGGUGCAAUAACGAAACAGAAAUCAUUUCUGGGAUUAUCGAUUCUAGACAUAAGCGAUCCAGGUUCCACAACCUUGUCUGAAGAUCUUUCAAUCUCUCUCGCCGGCUCCGAUCUCCACGUGUUCACACAGGCAGAGCUCAAAGUCAUAACACAGAGCUUCUCUUCAAGCAACUUCCUCGGCGAAGGAGGGUUCGGUCCGGUUCACAAAGGGUUCAUCGACGAUAAGCUACGUCCUGGUCUUAAAGCUCAGCCUGUCGCCGUCAAAAUUCUCGAUCUUGAUGGCCUUCAAGGUCACCGUGAGUGGCUGACGGAGGUUAUAACUCUCGGAAAAUUAAAGCAUCCGAAUCUUGUGAAGUUGAUUGGGUAUUGCUGCGAGGAAGAACAUAGACUUCUUGUCUAUGAGUUCAUGCCUCGUGGUAGUUUAGAGUCUCAACUAUUCAGAAGGUGUUCUAUAACGCUGCCAUGGUUAACGAGGAUGAAGAUAGCUCAUGGAGCUGCAAAGGGUCUCCAAUUUCUUCAUGAAGCAGAGAAGCCGGUCAUAUACCGCGAUUUCAAGGCCUCGAAUAUCUUGUUGGAUUCUGAUUAUACAGCGAAGCUUUCCGAUUUCGGGCUAGCAAAAGACGGACCAGAAGGGGAUGAAACGCACGUAUCGACACGCGUGAUGGGCACGCAUGGGUACGCGGCGCCAGAAUACAUAAUGACAGGCCAUCUAACGGCAAAGAGUGACGUAUACAGCUUCGGGGUUGUCUUGCUUGAGCUCUUGACCGGUCGGAGAUCAGUAGACAAAAAGAGAUCGUCAAGGGAACAAAACCUCGUUGAUUGGGCUCGUCCAAUGCUCAACGACCCACGAAAGCUCGGGAGAAUAAUGGACCCAAGACUUGAAGAUCAGUACUCAGAGAUAGGAGCAAGAAAAACAGCGGCUUUGGCUUACCAAUGCCUAAGCUACCGACCAAAGAACAGGCCAUGCAUCAGCAACGUUGUUUCAGUUCUCCAAGAUAUUAAAGAUUACAACGAUGAUAUUCCCAUUGGGACAUUCACUUACACGGUCUCUCCCACGCCCAUCAAGCCAAGCCUUGAAGUUAAAGAGAGAGGUGUCCAAAAUUGUGACAAGCCUCGCAAUGUUCCUAAGAGUGAUCAACAUCUUAAGUUCCGGUCGCCUGUACAUCAGGCCCGAAAUCAUCGGUUAACUUUGAGAAACGGAUUAAAUUCACCGAUGCGUAACGAAGCCGGAGGGGAACGGUACUGAGUUUCUCUUCUGUCCCAUUCGUAAUUUUUUUUCUUACAUAAAAAUGUAAAUAAUAUACUUUCUGCUUUCAAAUACCCAAAACAAAAUUCUAGAAUAGGUUUUGAUAUUUUUUCACAGAAUAGGUUUUGUUUAGGUGUGUCUUUUUCGUGGGGAUUAAGUUGAUUAUUAUUAUUUUUUUUCCUUUUGUUUGAUUCAUCAAAGCAAGCACGAGUUAUUAUCUUUAUUUGUAUAUAUAAAAUAAACUUUUCUCU